CGCCCCUAGUGUGGAUGCGGCGCGCAGCCGAAUCCCACCCGGAUUGUGUGUUUAUUGCCUUUUCUCUUUUAAAAAUCCCCCCUCUGCCGCUGAUUUGCAUAUUUUGGGAAGUUUCCACUCUCACCCUCCCGAGAAAGGGAAGCAGGAAAGACAGCAGGAUCUGUAUUCCCCCCCCCCACCGCCGUGGAGUUUGUACAUGAGGGAGGCGAGAGGGAAAAAGAAGAGUCGUCACAGCGAAGGCGGCAUGGACGGAGCGAGGGAAUAAAGUGUGUUGAAGAUGUCCAAGAAGCCUCCGAGUAGGCGGGGUAUUACGUUUGAAGUGGGCGCUCGCCUCGAGGCACGAGAUCGACUCAAGAAAUGGUAUACGGCACACAUAGAGAAGAUUGAUUAUGAGGAGGGAAAGGUAUUGAUUCACUUCAAGCGUUGGAACCAUCGGUACGAUGAGUGGUUCAGCUGGGAUAGCGUGUAUCUGCGACCCCUGGAAAGACCCCUCCUGCGGAAGGAGGGGGCUAAACUGGAUGAACCAACUGUGGAGUUCCGGCCCAGUGAGCAGGUGCUGGCGUGUUGGUCAGAUUGCAGGUUUUAUCCAGCCAAAGUCAUUUCAGUCAACAAGGAUGCUUCUUACACGGUUGAGUUCUACGAUGGAGUUGUUCAGACUGUGAAGAAAAUCCACGUCAAGUCCAUUCCUAAAUCCUCCAGGGAGAAGAAUGCAGCGAGUGGGCGGAACAAGGAGAACGGUUCCGGGAGCGGCCGGCGAAGGGAGAGGUUCAGAGAGAAGAGUUUGCAGUCUGUCAUUGGUCAGCAGGCCAGUGAAAGCAAGCUGGCUGAGAAGGAGGGAGGGGAGGAAGAGGCCAAGCCUGUCCAGAAGGAGAUGGAGCAGGGGCAACGCAAGCCGCCCCAGGAACCGGCUGCGGAGCCAAAGGCCGCGGAGCCGAAGACAGCGGCGAGUUCUCCGCCGCCGGGGACCCCGCCCCCUGCCCCGCAGCCCCACAAGCCAGAGGAGAAACGGAAACGCGGGAGACCCCCUUCCUCUGGGCACGCAGGUAGCCAUUCUAAAGGGGCAGCAUCCCAGGAUCGCCGGUUACUGCCAUCGCGUCAAGGAGGCUCUGGAACUGGGAAGAGGAAAUGUGCCUCGGCUGCCUCAAUGCUGCCCAAGCAAAUGAAGUUCAGCAAAGCCUCGGACCAGGGCCCGCCCGCGGGCAGCCAGGGGCAGAAUAGGAGGCGGUCCUUGCGUCUUGCUUCUGGUGACAGCAACCCUUCAACCACCAACACACCGAGUGACGGAGUGGAGCCCCGAAGCAAAGCAAAGGAGCUGGAGAAAGCAGAGGAAGCCGCAGCAGCGUCCGAACCCCCAGCCGAGGCCCAGCAAGCCCCCACUGUCCAAGCCCGGUGUUCCUCCGAAGCUCCGGCCACCCCUUUGGCGCCCGAAGUCGCUGCUGCCGCUCCGGAGCCCCAGGCCAAAGAGACAGCCAAAGCCGACUCCCCCGAGCCAAGCUCUGAGCCAAGAGAGGCUCCACCCGAAGCUGCUCCUGUUGUGAAGCGUGUGCCUCGAUCCCAGAACCCAAACAGAUACAGUAGGGAACCCUUAACCAAUGCUGCCCAGAGCCCUGAGGAACAGCUCCCACCCAAGGCAUUGAUCAUUGACCUGGACCACAACAAGUUCAAGUGCAAGAUUGCCGAGUGCUCGAAGGCGUUCCGCAAGGCCAAGAUGCUGCACUACCACAUGAAGUACUACCACGGCAUUGAGAAGUCAGAGUCGGAGCAGGGGUCCCCCAAGCGGAGCAUGCAGACCCGCGGCUCCUGCCCUUCGGAAACAGAAUCGCUCCUGGACAGUCCCAAGAGACGCCGCACCACCUCGGGAUCCUUGCAUGGAUCCCAGAGCACGUCCCAGCGGGACACCCCAUCUUCCAGCGUUGACCUGAAAGCCGCGAAGCUGAACGAGAAGAGGCGCAUUUCAGCCCCGUCCUCCCUUGACUUGGCUGCUCAGACCAGGCUGUCCCUGCGGGACAAGAGCAAGGACAACCAGCUGGAGAGGUCCCACAGGAAGCUGCAGGAUCGGGAAAGGGGCUUCAUGGACAGUGAUGUUUCAGAUGACGACCCCACGAGCGACUCAUCCACAGACAGUCUCCUCUGGAGCGACGACGAUUACAGUCAGGACGUAGAUGUGACCACGAAUCCUGACGACACCGGGGACGGCGAAGACAGCCAGAUGGAGAUCGUGCGCUGCGUCUGUGAAGUAGAGGAGGAGAAUGAAUUCAUGAUUCAGUGUGAGGAGUGUCUGUGCUGGCAGCACGGUGUCUGCAUGGGUUUGCUGGAAGAUAGCGUUCCCGAGAUCUACACCUGUUACAUGUGCCGUGAACCGCCAGAGCACCGCUUGAGUUCUCGCUACUGGUACGACAAGGAGUGGCUGACCAGUGGCCACAUGCAUGGCCUGGCCUUUCUCAAAGAGAAUUAUUCCCACCAGAACAGCGGCAAGAUAGUGGCAACACACCAGCUGCUGGGAGACGUUCACAAGGUCAUCGAGCUGCUGCAUGGGCUGCAGCUGAAGAUAUACAUCCUACAGAAUAAAGAUCAACCAGACCUGAAACUCUGGUGCAAGCCUUGGCACGUUUCUCCCUCCACCAUCGAAAAGCUGUGGGAGAGGCAUCUCACUCCCAGCGAGGACAGCAACAGCGGCCUCAGCACCAGCAUGAGCACGCAGGGAAGGACCCCUAACGGCACGGCUGAGCGGCAGAGUCAAAUGCCCGUUAUCGAGGAGUCCUAUAUCACCAGUGAGCAUUGCUACCAGAAACCCCGAGCCUACUACCCUGCCGCGGAGCAGAGGCUGGUGGUGGAGACCAGGAAUUCCUCCUUGGAUGAGGGCUUCGGCCGGAUGCGGGAAAAUGGUGACGAGGCGCUGGCAGAGAGGUUUGGGAGGAACGUCGAUGAAGAUUCAGGGCGGACUGACUUCGAUCUUCGAGAGCAAGACAGCCUCUGUAAGGGUGAGAGCGGCACUGGCAAGGUCCAGGGUACUGAGUCAACGGCCGAAGUGCAGAGUGAGGAGAGCCGGGGGCCGAAGGAGUCCGAGGACGGGGGAGACAGUGACCCCCAGCUUCAGUGGCAGGUCAACCUGCUGGCACACAUCGAGUCCUUGCAGGACGAAGUAUGCCACCGGAUGGACUUCAUCGAGAGGGAGCUGGAUGUAUUGGAAAGCUGGCUGGACUACUCUGGAGAGCUGGAACCUCCUGAUCCUUUGGCACGACUGCCUCAGCUCAAGAACCGGAUGAAGCAGCUCCUCGCAGACUUGGGCAAGGUGCAGCAGAUUGCUUCCUACUGUCCUGUGUGAGCGAUGCUUCGAACACUCGUGAACGGCUUCCCCACUCUCUCCCCAUCCACAGGUCACUCUCCCCAUGCAAGCCAGGACCAGCGCCAGACGGAAGCGAUUUGGCUUUGGUGCCGAUGUUGAAUCCGGACACCAGUUUGCACUUUUAUUCGUAUUGCUUCAUGUUUUUCAUCAGUUCUCGGAGCUUUUUGAACCUUUCUUUGUUUUCCUGGAUAUUGACGGAAGGAAGCGGGGAGCUUCGGCCUCGGUGGAAGGAGUGGUCUGUGAGCCACUCAUCAGCCAGCAUACGUCUCCCGCAUGCCGCGUGUUGCUUGGGUCCAGCUGUGUCUGAACUUGCAAUUGUGUCAGGCCGUCCAGGAGUGAUGAAAGGGAGGGAGGCUGGAAAAAUCACUGUAAAGAAUUUAGUACUUUCUUCAAUCCCUGUGUCAACCUCUCUUAGUGUUGUGUGUUGUUCUUGUGUGUGGACGAGGCAGGAUGGGUGUGAAAGUGCCAGACGCCGCAGUCUGCAGGCACCGAGUGGAGGGAGGGUCGGAGUAGACACAGUGGGGGAAUGAGGGAAUCUGUGCGUGGGGAUGGUAAUUUCAGAUCUGCCAGUGCACUUGGGGUUAAGUGCUGCAGUCCCUAAAUGGUUAAUUCCACAUGGCUCAUGUCACAGUCUCUUGGCCAUGCCUUGAGCUGGUCUCUUGCCUCACCCACGUCGAAGGCAGGCAGGUGGCACGCGGCACGCGGCUGGAAUCUCUGCUCCCACCUGCUGCUUUUUGCCACUGCCAUUGGGCCUGACUGCUGUGUGCAUAACUGGGCAUCUGAGAUGGAAUUCCCGACGCAGCUGCAGUGAAUGUCGCUUGCAAAAUACCAGGGGAGUGCUCAGGCCACUCCACAUCUGGGCUACAGCUGUUGGCACAUCAGCCUUUGGCUCAUAGCCAACUGAGCACUUUGUGCCCCACCCCCCCGCCAUCCACCCACUGUACAACUCGGACUCUGUCCAAUGACCAAGGGAAAAAAUGGCCGGAGUCGCUCAGCACUUCAGUGCAAGGGUGUUUAUUAGGUGUAUCAAAAAUCAAACUUCCAAAUUACCAAAAAUAGUGAAAAGAAAACUGCCAAAGUUACAAAAAGAUAUUUACAAGAAAACAAUAAAUAGCUCCAUACUAUUUUUGUCCAGUGUGAACUCCCAGCAGCCCUGAUCUCUCUCUCUCUGUCUCUCUCCUGCUGAGGGCGAUGAGCCCCAUUUAUUAGGCACCAGGAUGUACCAUCUUUAAUUACCUACAAAGUUAACGUAAGAAUGCACAUGAAUCAGAAUACGAUGCACCCUACAAUGUAGUUACAAUCAUAUUACAACAUAAAGAGAAAUGUCUACCUUAAGUACAGUAUUCAAACAACAUAAAUGCAUUUCAGCAAUGGCAAUGUGUAUGAUACGGAAUAUUUCGCUAUGUAUGGUGGGAAAAAUUCCACAAAGCUAAACCCUUUAGGACUCAUUAUGAGAACGUACCGGGGAAGACAUUAAAGUGUGUACAUUCACUGCAACAACAGCAGAAUAACAAUGUAAUGAGGAGUGUGUUUACCGUGCGCUCCCUGUCACACCCACCGUCCGCUGCCCUACUACCCACCCAGCCGCGCGCCUUAAGACCCCUCCCUGGAGACAGUCAAAAAUCAGUCCGUCUCCGGGCAUUGCAGAUGUCCACAGACGUGAACAGAUUGUCAGUAAUCUAUUAGAAGCCCUGCUCCAGCUGUGCUUUCUGACAGUUCAGGCUUGGCUGGUCAGUGAACGCAGUUUACCAGCCUGUGGUUCAGGGAGGAGAGCAGGAGCAGCCAGAGUCCUGGCCUCAUCCCUCCAGAUCACCCUGCAAUUCUCCCCCAUGCUCCCUCAACUGCUCAGAGGUGCCUCCCAGUCAUCCCUCAUCGAGAAGACCAGAACAGGUUGUGAUCAAGUGAAAAGGAGGUCAACACAGAAAAUCAAACAGCUUUUUAAAAAAAAAUGCAAUAAAAAAUAAAUGAUCAUCCCCUGAUCAUUCGCCUAAAUUUGAUAGUUUUCAGUCACUUGUAUGUUUACACCGGGAAGUUAAACGGAGGCACAAGAGUGUAGGUGCCAGAAUCUGUAGCAACAAACUGCUGGAGGACUCAGAGCAAUAUAAAAGGGAUUGAUCUAGAUUAAAGGUUUCUCUGUUCCUGGAUGAUGCUUCUCAAAAUUUUUUAAAGAAAGUUAAAUGUUGGAAUUACUAAUACAGGGAGAGCACCAACAGAAAACGAAUUGUAUCAGAGGUAAGGAGCACAGUUCUGUUUGAUGUCUGUAUAGAGAUGGUGAGGCUCCUUGCCUGCUGUUGGCUUGAGAAUCCUUUGGUCUUGAGCUACCGUGCAGCUGAACACAAAUACUAUUUGAGUCUACUUGUAUCACGUAGGAAUUUGGAGAAAGAAAACAAUUCUUUAUUGAAUAUAAUGCAUUUAAUUGAGUAAGCGAGCUGACACUUUGCAGUAGUUCAACUAAGCUAAAGAUGUUUUGUUGAUGAUUUUCAUUUGUACUUGGUGUUUGAGUCUUCUCUGUUAAGUGUCCAACAAUAAUCAGCUAACAUUGAUGGAUUCCAGCUGCCCUGAUACCAUUUUUUCAUAACCUCAAUGUCCUGGUGAAACCUUUCACCAUGCUCAUCACUUAUGCUGCCAAGAUUUACAGGGAAAAAGUCUAAAUGGGAAUGGAGAAAAUGAAUCUUUAGUGACAUGCCGCACUUCAUGGUUUUGUAUGUUUGAAGCAUGUUGUCAACCAGCUGCAUGUAGUUUGGUGCUCUGCAGUUGCCAAGAAAUUUUUCAGCAAAAUUCUUGAAUGCCUUCCAUGCAAUUUUCUUUGGUCCCACUAGUAGUUCUUUGAAUUGCCUGUCAUUGAUGGCCUGUUUGAUUUGUGGACCAACAAAAAUACCUUCCUUAACCCUGGCAUUAGUUAUUCUGACUUGAAUUAUGAAUUGAAAUAGCAAAUGUAUGUAGGUGAUUUCAAAAGAUAGUGCAUGAUAUGGAAAUUUCAUGGUGAUUUUCCUGAUCAGCAGCCUGAAGUCUAUAAGAUACACCCAGAAGUAUUCAGGAAGCAAGAUUUUUGUUGUCCAGUGUAAUCAGUCGCUCUCUGCUGCCUUUGGUGAAGUCUGCCCCCUGUACUUGCACUGUCAUAUUGUCCUCACACCACAGCACUUGCACUUCAUCUUCACAGGAUAUCGAGGCUUCCCAAGUUCUCCAGAGACCUCUGCUGCAUGAAUCUUGUCGAUGGAAAGGCGAGGAAGGGAAUUGAGGAUCCUGGAGGAAGUGCCAAUUUCCUCAUGGUAUUCCCAUUCCAGUACAUCAGUCCAUGGCCUCUACUGCCACAAUGAGACCACUCUCAGGUUGGAGGAGCAACACUUCAUAUUCCACCUGGAUGGCCUCCAACCUGACAGCAAUUACUUCAGCUUCCAAUUUCUACCCUCCCACUUCUCUCUUUGUCCAUUCCCUAUUCUGGCUCCCCUCUUCUUCAACUUAGUCUGCUGUUUUCAAAGAGCCACUUUUCAUUGCAAAGCCCCUGUUCUUCCACCUGGAUUUAGUAGUGUUCAGUCACUUGUAUACUUGCACUCCAAGAAGUUUAAGUGGAGACGCGAGAGCUGCAGAUGGCAGAAUCUGGAACAACGAAUAAUCUGGUGAAACUCAUUGGUCCAGCAUCUGUGGGAAGAAAGGAAUCAUUGAGGUUUUGGUGCGCCUUGAUGUAGGGUUUUAAUCCAAAAUGCCAACAGUUCCCCUCCUCACACAGAUGGUGCUUGGCCCGCUGAGUUCCGCUAGUAGAUUGGUGCUGAAGGGAGUUAAUUGUACGUUGUAUAUUGUGAUGUGUAGGAAUGUGGUUCUUGGUGAAUUCUUCUGUGGGGUGAUGGCAUCACUGGGAAAGCUAACAUUUAAUACAAUUUACAACUGCCCUCCUAAAGGUUAUAAUUAGAGCUCCCUUGAACCACUGGAGCCCCUGUGAUGAAUGUUCUCUUGUGGUGCUCAAGGAAAGGGGUUCCAAGAUUUCAGUGGAACUGUGAGAACAUAUUAUGUUUUCAAAUCGGCUGCCUUUGUGAUUCACAGGGAAAAACUGCAAGGUUGCCUCAUUUCUGCCUUUGUCUGCUGCACCUUCCCUCCAGAGUGUGGUACAAGGUAAAGUUUCUUGAAAUUUACCACAGUCUUCCACUUCACUGCCUAACAAUUUGCCCUGAAACUUGGUUUAUUGACUAUGAAAUUCUCGACCAUGUUGUUUUAGUGGCACAACCUUACUUUCUUAUUCUGGCUUCUUCCCCCUUCCUUUCCAGUUCUGAUGAAGAGUCUCGGCCCAAAACAUUGAGUGGUUAUUCCCCUCCAUAGAUGCUGCCUGACCUGCUGAGUUCAUCCAGCAUUUUGUGUGUAUUAUCCAUGACUUUGGAGUUCUCCAUGAUGAUGAAACCUAAGACUAGAUGGUGGCAACAUCUAAAUUGUCCUUGUCGAUUGGUUCCAGAUGACAAUAUUUACAGGGUUUAUUGUAAGGGAAUUGAAACGUGUACAUCUCUGGUAAUCUCUUCCAUCUUUGACAAAAACGAUGUCAAGUAUCCUGGUGUGUCCUGCUUGAUCUAAAAAUCUCUGUUCUUUACAAACAGUAAUACCUGCUGCGGAACCUCUUGAGCUUAUGUCUAAAACUUUAUGUUGAUGUACGGUAUCCAUGGCAGUUGAACAGCUAGAGACAUUUCAGAAAUAUGGCUCUCAGUCUCCCUAGCCACCCACAUUGAUAAAUUCCAUUCAGACUAGGUUUGACCAAGACAGGGAUACAAGAUUGACUCCCUGUCUAGCCUGCCCUGCAGUCAAAUUCAAUAUCCUAGUUUUCUAAUUACACUGAGUUUGAUCCUGUUGGCUUUGUCCCUACCAUCGUCUUCUAAA